AUGGUUAAAGACAAAGUUGUAUAUAAUAAAGAAAAUAAUUUAAGUGUACUAGAAAAAUGUUAUCAAAAUUCCUUGGAAAAAAAUAUACCAGAAUUAGUUAUCCUGUAUGGAAAAAAACUAUUAAGAAUAAUUAUAAGAAAAGAUUCAUUUUAUAAAUGGAAUAUAUAUGAGAAUAUUUUAAAAGCAUCAAUUGAACUGAAUUUAGAUGAAUAUGUAGAUAUGUAUUUUGAUAAACUAAAUGAAAAAUUUGGUAAAUUAAACGGAAAAAAAAUUAAUAUAUUAAAAGGAAUGGUUUAUGAAUCAAAAAAUAAAAAUACAGAAGCAUUAAAUAUUUAUAAGAAUUAUCUAGGAAAAUAUCCUUGCGAUCCUUUAAUAAGAGCAAAAAUUAUCAACUUAAAAAAAUUUUUAGAGAGUGAUAUAAAUAAAGUUAUACAACUAUUAAAUGAUCAUUUAAAAGAAUUCCCAUUGGAUUUAGAAUCAUGGCAUGAACUAGCAGAAAUUUAUUUGAAAGAUUGUUUAUAUAGCUAUUCAUUAUACUGUUUUGAAGAAAUUUUAUUACAUUCACCAACUAAUUUAUAUUUUAUAUUAACAUGUGCAGAAUUAUAUUAUACAAUUAAUCAAUAUGAAUUAAGUAGUAAAUAUUUUUGUCUAUCUAUUAAAAUACAAAAUAGUAAUUUAAGAGGAUUAUGGGGAAUAAUACUUCUUAAUGUAACAAGAUAUUCAAAUAAAAAGACUAAACUGUUGAAUGAUAAUGUUGAUGUUUUAUUAACUUUGCAAUGCAUUAAUAGACUACAUGAUUUAUAUAGUAAAUUACAUAUAGACUUGUUAUAUAAAAAUUCUAUUCUUGAUUAUUUAGACCAAUUGAGAGAUAAUUUUAAGUAA